AGACGGACGGGGUGGAGCACCGAGGCCUGCAGGGGCGCCCCGGGAAGCGGCCUCACCUCAGGCCUUUGGCCAGCGACCUAGUCCUGGCGCUUCUGUCUCAUGCUGGAUCGCCUCAGGCUAUGAACGAGGGUUUUGGACCGGGGAGGGGGUUUGCUCCUAAGGACAGGGACCGUUCCCUCUCCGUCCGUUUUGUGUUCAGAACUUGAGUCCUAGGAGGAAAUGGGUUAAAACCAGGGGGAUGGAGGGAGGGGAUAUGGGGGAUCUGGUCAGUUUAGCAACCGUUACUUUUUCUGGACUUGUUCCGUUCAGUAAGAAUGACAGCUAACAGAUGUUAAACGUUUAACGUGUCACGGACCCUGCGGUAAGCGUUUUGCGUGCAUUUCUCUGUUUAAUUCUCCCCACAUAACUUUUCUGAUUCCGGUUUGGUAAGUGAGAAAUGGAUGAGCAGUUUAGUUCAGUGACUUGCCCAAGGUGACACAGUAGCAGCCCCAGGACUGCAGUUUGAGUCUUAUUGUCAGCAUAGCCAAUGUCGCUUACCCACUUCACUGACAAGACAGUACUAGCAUGUUUUUCUCAAGCAUGUAUUUCAUAUGCUUGAUUAGAGAGACUUAUAAGUGUGAUGUUAAAUUCAAUUUUCUUUUUCCUUUGUUUCGUGAAAAUUUGGACCUUGGCUUUAUAUUGGAAUCCUGGGCAGAAAAAAAAUGCAUGGAAUAAUUGUACACACUUGUCAUGGAAGGCUGUAGAGGAUAUGCUUUCCAAGAGGUGAUCCGACAAACUGGGACUGUUAGCUGAGUUCCUUCUCUGUGUGCCAGUUAGGUGUUGUGGACCUGAGAAGAGGUAUGAUACACAGUCUGGAACUUGAGGAGGUUUAUAAUCUGUAUGAGGCAGAAGUUUAAGGCCAGAUAAGUUGAUGCUCGUAUUGUCCUUCAGAGAGAUGGGGUAAAGCAUUGUGAGAUGGGUCUGGAGACAUCCAAAAGCACAUACUUAGGAUGGGGUUGUGGAAGAGAAGGCCUAGGAGGUAGGUUGUGUUUCGUUUCUGGGGGAGCUUGCGUCUCUUGCCAGUGGGGUUGGGGCUUUUUUCUGUGGGUUGCCAAGAAUCAAUUGUGGGUUAUAGGGAGUUGCCCAAGGAAAGCUUUGCUUGGAGGAUUAAUUUGUCCACUGGGAGUUGUGUGCAUUGGAGAAGACUGAUUGCAUGCCCACCAUGUAGGAGGGACCUUUUAUAUAAAAAUAAACCACAGUGGUUGUUCCUGAAGCCAACCUAGCUGAAUUGACAUAAAGCAGAGAGUGAGGAAGAAGAUGAAAUUGAAAUGGAAGUUGAAGACCAGGAUAGCAAAGAAGCCAAAAAACCAAACGUCAUAAAUUUUGACACCAGUCUGCCAACAUCACAUACAUAUCUGGGCUCUGAUAUGGAAGAAUUUCACGGCAGGACUCUGCAUGAUGACGACAGCUGCCAGGUUAUUCCAGUUCUGCCACAGGUGAUGAUGAUCCUGAUUCCUGGGCAGACCUUACCUCUUCAGCUCUUUCGUCCUCAGGAAGUCAGCAUGGUGCGGAAUUUAAUUCAGAAAGACAGAACCUUUGCAGUUCUUGCAUACAGUAAUGUACAGGAGAGGGAAGCACAGUUUGGAACAACAGCAGAGAUAUAUGCCUAUCGAGAAGAACAGGAUUUUGGAAUUGAGAUAGUGAAAGUGAAAGCAAUUGGACGACAAAGGUUCAAAGUUCUUGAGCUAAGAACACAGUCAGAUGGAAUCCAGCAAGCUAAAGUGCAAAUUCUUCCCGAGUGUGUGUUGCCUUCAACCAUGUCUGCAGUUCAGUUAGAAUCCCUCAAUAAAUGCCAGAUAUUUCCUUCAAAACCUGUCUCAUGGGAAGACCAGUAUUCAUAUAAAUGGUGGCAGAAAUACCAGAAGAGAAAGUUUCAUUGUGCAAAUUUGACUUCAUGGCCUCGCUGGCUGUAUUCCUUAUAUGAUGCUGAAACUUUAAUGGAUAGAAUUAAGAAACAGCUCCGUGAAUGGGACGAAAAUCUAAAAGACGAUUCUCUUCCUUCAAAUCCAAUAGAUUUUUCUUACAGAGUAGCUGCUUGUCUUCCUAUCGAUGAUGUAUUAAGGAUUCAGCUCCUUAAAAUUGGUAGUGCCAUCCAACGACUCCGCUGUGAACUAGAUAUUAUGAAUAAAUGUACAUCUCUUUGCUGUAAACAAUGUCAAGAAACAGAAAUAACAACCAAAAAUGAAAUAUUCAGUUUAUCGUUAUGUGGGCCGAUGGCAGCUUACGUGAAUCCUCAUGGAUACGUGCAUGAGACGCUUACUGUGUAUAAGGCUUGCAACUUGAAUCUGAUAGGUCGACCUUCUACAGAGCACAGCUGGUUUCCUGGGUAUGCCUGGACUAUCGCCCAGUGUAGGAUCUGUGCAAGCCAUAUUGGAUGGAAAUUUACAGCCACCAAAAAAGACAUGUCACCUCAGAAGUUUUGGGGUUUGACUCGAUCUGCUCUGUUGCCCACAAUCCCAGACACUGAAGAUGAGAUAAGUCCAGACAAAGUAAUACUUUGCUUGUAAACAAAUACAUUAGGGAUAAAGUUAUUUAUCAAGUUGGUCUUCUAAAAAUCAGAUCUGCUUUGGAAAUUCCUGCUUUUGAUGCAUACCUAAGUAAAAAGCAACAUUACAUGGAAGGUUCCAAAUGGUAUUUGAAGAUUUAAAUUAAAAUUAGGAAUAUCUACUUUAGUACCUUGGUACCAUUAUACUCUGGCUUGCCAGAAUGUCCCUGAUAGGACAUGAAGUCCUCACUGAAAGUGAUGGUUUCCUGCAGAAAACAUAUUUGAAAUUCCUCUUUUUGAAAGAGGCAAAGAAGAAAGGCUUUAAUUUUCUUUAGUUUCUCUCAUACUGAUUUGUAAAUUUUGAAAAUAUUAAAGAGUUAAAAUAUGCAGUUUGAGCCCCAAAAAAGUGUUCAUUUCCUUAUGUAUUUGUUAGUGAAAAACAGUAACUUAUGUAUUUACUCUUUAAUUUGAACCUAAACUACUAUGGAGCAGGGAUGCUAAAACAUACCCUGUUCAGUAAGGCUCCAAGUGACAGUGACUCUAUUUUGUAAGCAAUUUUGUUCCAUGUAACUUGAAAAAAAUUGUAAGUAAACUUUAAGAGCAAACGACAUUACACAUCCUCAUUGUUUAAAUAAUGUAAAAUAUUUACUCACAAGCCAAUAAUUUAAGAUGAAGUUCUAGAUAGACUGAUUUGCUACCUACCUCUUUGCUUAUAUGUUCAAGUGUUUUUUGGAUCCUUUCACAUUUGUGUAAUUUUGAUAUUCCUUCACUGCUUUACAAAAUUAACUGGGGAAAAAAGUUCAACCAAGGGGGGAAAAUGUAUGAGGCCCAGCCAAAAGCAGACUGUUAAAAUCUGUGAUGUUGUAAUAUAUUAUUUUCUUUUACCAAACAUGCCAUGGCUGUGACUGCCUAGACUUAAAACAUCAACUGAAUCUCAUGCUGCAUUAUUUAUAUACAGGAAGUAAAUGAAACGCAACUCAA